CUCCUCCUCCUCCUCCUCCUCCAGCUGUUUUUGUUUCGUGACACAGCAUUUUCAUCAGGAACUCCACGGCCGCCACCAAACAAACAUCUUCAACAGAACUGACUCAGAUCUCAGCCUGUUUAGUUGAAGACGACACUGAUAAACUGGCAGGAAUUGAAGAAAACUGAUUCCCUUUUUUUAUCUGCUGCCACCUAGCGGACAAGUAUUUAAAUGUUCUGCGUGCCAUGCAUUGACGAACAAAAAAAAAUAUUUGCAAGAUAUAAAUAAUAUUUUUUCAGGCCAUUGAAGUGAAACUGGCUAAUGUUCCGUGUCUCAUGGCACACCAGUGGGCCACGGCCCAGGGGUUGGGAAUCACUGACCUACAUCACCUCAACCUCCUCCUCCAAAACAAAAAGAUAAAAGUGGAGGAGAGAACAGAGACAGCAAAGUCGUGAUGACAUGAAAGCACAACAUCAAAGUGUAGUUUAAGCCUUUGAAGAGUUUCUGUUGAACUAAGUCACUGACUGACUGAUUAACUAUAAUCAGUAACUAACUAAGUCACUGACUGACUUGUUCACUACGUGGCAGAGAUGAAACAUGACUGAUGUCAUUUCCUUUGAAGCACCACUGAAGGAGAACCUUGGUGAAGCUCCGUCCUAGAAGUUUCCGACUGUAGCCUCCACGUAACAUCUGAGAACGUUUGGGAACCAACAACAAGAACCGGGGUGGUCCAGGAUGGACGAGGAGGCGUCAGCCACGGACGACUUUGUUCCUCUGAUAGAGUCCAGUGGGUACCGAGUGGAGGACCUCCUUGGUUCUGGCAACUUUGGACGCGUCUACCUUUGUACGAGGUCCGACACGUUAGAGGCAGUGGCGGUGAAAGCUAUUCCGAAGAAAGAUGCGGAGUUUGUUAAAGACGAGGUGCACAACUUGGAACUACUCCAAGACCUGGACCCAGAUAAGAACGGCCUGAUCAGGUUUCACGGGUACACGGAGCUCCUCGGAAACGUCUUCCUGGAGUUUGAGAAACUGGACAUGACUUUGUACGACCUAGUCAUGACGUACAACCGACCACUGUUCCUGUCCGAGAUCCAGGCAAUCACGGUGCAGAUGCUGAUGGCGCUGGAGGCCCUGCGGAGCAUCAGGAUGGUCCACACCGACAUCAAGGUGGAUAACAUCAUGCUGACGGAGGGUGGGCAGCGGCCCCUGCAGGCCAAACUCAUAGACUUUGGUUUGGCACAGGACGUAUCCAAGCUAGUUCUGGGCGAAGUCCUGCAGGCUCUACCGUACCGUGCUCCUGAGGUGAUCCUGGGCCUCCCUCUGAGCGAGGCCAUGGACAUGUGGGCCCUCGGCACCGUCAUUGGUUCCGUGUACAUGGAGGCGGAACUUUACUCUGGUGACUGCGAGUUGGCCAACAUGAAUGACAUCAUGCAAUUGCUGGGCCGACCUGAAAAUCACCUACUGGAAACUGGGAUUUAUACUAAGAAGUACUUUGACAAAGACGACGACGACUCGUCGUGGAAGCUGAAGGCGGAGUGCACGUGUUCGGUACAGAACAGCUCAGCCGGUUCUGGUUUCCGCAGUGAGCGAUGCGCCGUUCACCCGCUGUUGCCGGACAUGAUGUCAGAAAUCACCUGCCUGGAAGACAUUGCGUUGACUCGUCCAGGGACCAGUGCUAACGAGGACACGCGGGUCUUCUUGAGUCUCCUGAAAGAGAUGCUGCGAGUGGACCCUGAGACGAGAAUCCAGCCGCGUGCAGCGCUGCAACAUCCGUUUAUCGCAAUCAAAGACUUUCCCAGUGACUCUGUUUCCUCAGGCACCCAAACACCAGCAAACACAGUUAGCUUACCUAGCAGUGGUGACAACCCACUGAGCACAGCUAGCUUAUCGGAUGAAGACUAUCAUGAUGACAGACUACGAGGGAUCGCAAGCUCGCCAGUCGACAGAGAUGAAACCUCAGAGAGUGCUAGUCCUGCCGACAGUGACGACAGAUUAUUAGCCAGAACUAGUGUAGGUAGUUUUGUUGACUAUUCUGACCAAUCGUUACAUAUAACCAGCCUGGUCAGCAAUAGCGACAAACAACCAGAUGCAGCUAACAGUGGUGAUAGCUUACCAGAAACAACCGUUGACAGACCUCUACAACACACAAGUGGAGACGACAACGGUGACAGCCCAUCACAAAAAGCUAGCUUAGCCAGCCACGAUAACAGGAAAGCAAUCAAUGUUGACAGUGACCGCAAACAAGCCAGGAUUAAUUUAGCUGAUAAUAUUGCUGAAGUUAGCGUAGCCAACAGCAUAAACAGAAGUCUACAGAGAGCUGGUUCUGCUGAACGGGACAACAGAUCACCAGCCACAGGUAGGAAUGACCAGAGACCGAGACAGAAAGCUAACUUAGCUGACGCCGAUAACAGACAGGCAGUCAAAGUUAGCUAUUCCUGCAACGAUGCUGAAUCAUCCCACAAGUCUAACCUGGAUGAAAAUACACGAGCAGCCACAGCUAGCUCAACUGUCAGUGACUACAGGUCACCACAAACACUAAUCCUGGACAACAGCCCUACAAAGGUGGCUACCGAAGCUAACAGUGAAAGCAGACGACCGGCUACAGCUAGCUUAGAGGACAGAUUUCUAACAAAAGCAAUCUUAGGUACUAGCAACAACGGACAAGUGUCCACAGUUAGCCCAACCAAGAGUGUAGGCCAAUCAUCGCUUGCUACCAGUUUUGUUUUGGAACAGGACCAGGUCAGCAUUGCUGUCAGUACCGGGGCUGACCAGUUGGGGAGGAUUCGUGAACUUUGGUCAGUGUUAAUGAACCGUAUUUACAGGUUUAUCUGGUGGCUGUUUGGCAGUGAAGCAGCUGCCAACACGUCGUAAGAAGAAGUGCAGGCAUUUAGCGUUAAAAUGCCACCGUGCGAUCGUUAACAGCGUUCCGCGGCUGUUGGGUCCUGACGGCCUCGGAUUAGGCCAAAGUCUGAGCAGGAUUACGGACAGAUCCAACACUGACUGACGCUGAAUGUUGAUAAACCCUUAAAUAAUUUUAGCUAAGUUUAAAGGACUUCCUGUGUGAACUGUUCCUGUCGUACGACCUGUUGGGUAACCUUUACUAUCUUCUGUGCUAACAUUUACAAUCUUUUUGGCUCAUUUUUUCGACUGAAGUUAAUUUUCCUUCAGGCCACUUAAUAUUUGACCUUUAGCUCCGACUCAGCAUCAUGUGACCUAUGACAUCACCACUUUCUCCAUAACCUACACAAAUACUGACGCUUUAAAGGAAAACAAAAGUUUUUAUUUUUGUAAAAAAAGAUGUAAAGAGACAGUGAACACAUAAUGGUGAUGUCAUCACUGGGAGGGGCAUUUUUGGUAACAAUAAACAAAUAAAUAUAUUUUCUCUACAACACAAACGAAGGGUUGGCCA